CCGCUGUUAUUGUUCUUUCUUCCCUUCCUCUCGCUUCGCUCUCUUCUCCCUGUCCGCUGCCAUGGCGGAGCUCAAGAGGCUCUCGGAGAGUCGCGACCUCACCCGGAUCGAGCGCAUCGGUGCCCACUCCCACAUCCGUGGCCUGGGCCUCGACUCCGCCUUGGAGGCGCGCGCUGUCUCCGAGGGCAUGGUCGGCCAGCAGUCCGCCCGCAAGGCCGCUGGGCUCAUCCUCCAGCUCAUCCGCGACGGCAAGAUCGCCGGCCGCGCCAUCCUCCUCGCCGGCCAGCCCGGCACUGGGAAAACCGCCAUCGCCAUGGGCCUCGCCAAGUCCCUCGGCCAGGAGACCCCCUUUGCCACCGUAUCCGGCUCCGAGCUCUUCUCCCUCGAGAUGUCCAAGACCGAGGCCCUCACCCAGGCCUUCCGCCGCUCCAUCGGCGUCCGCAUCAAGGAGGAGGCCGAGAUCAUCGAGGGCGAGGUCGUCGAGCUCACCAUCGACCGCCCCGCUGCCGCUGGAGGCGGUGCAAGCGGCUCGGGCCAGUCCUCGUCGGCCUCCAAGACCGGGAAGCUUACACUCAAGACCUCCGACAUGGAGACGGUGUACGAUUUGGGCGCGAAGAUGAUCGAGGCACUGAUGAAGGAGAAGGUGCAGAGCGGGGAUGUGAUCACAUUGGAUAAGGCGUCCGGGAAGGUCACGAAGCUGGGGCGGUCCAUCGGACGAUCCAGGGACUACGAUGCCAUCGGACCCCAUACGAAGUUUGUGAGGUGCCCUGAGGGGGAGCUGCAGAAGAGAAAGGAGGUCGUGCACUGCGUCACCCUUCACGAGAUCGAUGUCAUCAACAGCAGAACUCAAGGCUUUUUAGCACUCUUUACCGGUGACACUGGUGAAAUUCGUGGUGAAGUCAGAGAGCGGAUAGAUACAAAAGUGGCAGAGUGGAGAGAGGAAGGAAAAGCUGAGAUAGUCCCGGGUGUCCUGUUCAUUGAUGAGGUCCACAUGCUUGACAUUGAAUGCUUCUCGUUCCUAAAUCGCGCAUUGGAGAAUGACAUGGCCCCCAUCCUGGUUAUUGCCACAAACCGAGGGAUCACAACUAUCCGAGGCACAAACUACAGGUCUCCUCAUGGAAUCCCAGCCGAUUUCCUUGACCGCCUGCUGAUAAUAUCUACUCAACCAUACACUGAGGAGGAGAUCCGGAAGAUUCUUGACAUCAGAUGUGAAGAGGAAGACGUAGAAAUGUCAAUGGAUGCAAAGGUUCUGCUAACAAAAAUAGGAGCGGAGACCUCUUUGAGGUAUGCGAUCAACUUGAUCACUGCAGCUGCUCUUGCUUGCCAGAAGAGAAAGGGUAAGAUUGUGGAGAUGGGGGAUAUAAGUAGGGUGUAUCAGCUGUUUCUUGAUGUGAAAAGAUCGGCACAGUAUUUAAUGGAGUACCAGAGCCAGUAUAUGUUCAAUGAAGUGCUGAGGGAGGCAGAUGAAGAUGAAACCACACAAUUUUGAUCUGGGACAUGUAGAGUUCUAUCUGAAUGUUUACUUGUCAUGGUAGGGAUGAUUCUGUAUUCUUGGCCGGCUCAUCUGUAUGGACCUUGCAUUGAUGAAAGGCAUGAACACUUGGUGAGCGAAAGAACAAGUACUUGCAGGUGUCAUGGUACGAAAACAUGACGUGGAUUUCUAGGAACCAACAUUCUGAAGCUUUCCUCAAUCCAGGGAACCCCGAGUUUUUGGCCAUCAUCAGAUUCGCGCCUUAAAGCAGAAGCUUUCAUUCUCUUUCGGCCCCGUUGCAUUCCAGAACAGACUGUAUAAUCUUUGUUUGUGGUGGUUAAUUGAUAUUAGAAUGGCCUCAGCACCCGAAGGUACUUCUAUAUUUGAACAUAUUUGAGUCUCUUGUUGGAUAAUUGGGCUGAAAAUUUUAUUGAAUUCGUAAA